GCUACCCGGUUGUCGUUUUGUUGGGCCGGGCGCACUUCGGUGUGAUCUCCAAGGGCAUGGAAGAUGCUCUACUUUGCAUUCUGGAUUGCAUCUCCAAGAUUGGCAUGGAGUUUUUCGUAGUCUUUAGCUGUUCUGCAGAGGGCGCUCAGUGCCACGCCAAAGACAAAUGA